GCCAUGCUUUUCAGUUAUUGUAAAUUUAGCUGGCAUAUUUGGAGUUAGCAACUUAAAAAUGCAAUAUAAAUGGUUAAUUUGUGGUAUAAAUAAAUAAAAAGAGUUAAAAACGUGUGUGUAUGUUAAUAUAGUUUCAAUAUUUAUUAAAAUAAAUGUGAUAAAUGCACUUAUUCUAUCAAAAUUUGGUGAAGAUUGAAUUUGGUUUGCUUGUCCACAUCGCAUACAAACAUAUAAAAUCACCACAAUGGAUUGUGGCACAUCGAUGGCUAAAUACCUGCUAUUCGCAUUCAACACCGUCGUAUCGAUCAUUGGCAUUUUGGGCAUCGUUUUUGGUGUGUUAAUUCUAAAUAGCAUCGGCACCAUCGAAGUAGAUGGCCAAGUCGGUUUCCCACCACAGGCGAUUGUACCGAUUGUACUCAUAACGAUCGGUUCGAUUGUAGUCUUUAUCUCAUUCCUGGGCUGUUGUGGUGCCAUACGCGAAUCUGUAUGCAUGACUAUGACUUAUGCCGUUUUCCUGUUGGUCAUACUCAUUCUACAAUUGACAAUUGUUGUACUCUUAUGGGCUAAUAAGGAUAAAUUUACCGCUGCCAUGGGUGAAGUCAUUGAUAAGGCUUGGGAAAGGGAUUCUCGCCAAACGGGCGUCUUUGACGCCAUACAGCGUUCGUUAAAAUGUUGCGGUAAGAAUGGAGUCACCGAUUAUGCGGUGCUGCUGCAGAGUCCACCACCAAGUUGCUGCGAGAACGACAACUGCAUGAAUCCAUUGAACUUUUACGGUGGUUGUCGCAGCAAAUUCCAGGAAUUUAUGUCCUUCAGCACUGACACUGCCAAAUAUGUUGGCCUAGGAUUGAUUGGUAUCGAGUUGGUCGGCUUCAUCUUUGCCUGCUGUUUGGCCAAUAACGUACGCAACUAUAAGCGAAGAAAUGCUUACUAAGCGAGGAUAAACUAUGUCCAUGUUCCACAAAUUGUUAUUUUCUUGAUGUCGUCCGAAAACGCACGUUCAAUAUUCGAAACAAGAACUAAACAAUUACCAUUGAUUCAUAAGUAUUUACUAUGAAUAUUUUUUUUUUAAGAAAUAUACAACAUACAUUGAAUACACGAAACUGAAGAAAAAAUGAACAAAUAAAAAAACGAAUAAUUUUUAUUUUAACUUUAAAUUGUCCAAUUUGAAGUAGGAACACAGCAAAGGAUGGAAAUUUAUUGUAAUUAAUCAAUAAGAUGAUCCCAAAGCUCUUUACGAACGUUAUAUGCCUAAAGAAAAAAAAAACAGCACAAAAACAGAAAGAAAAAACACAAACAAAGAAACAGUUGAAUUAUA